ACAAUAAUAAAUUAUAAAAUAUUGAACUGUGCUAUAAAAAUAAAGUGUUUAAUAGCAUAUUUGUACUCGGUUGUUUUUUGUUGUAAAACACGCUAUCGUUUGACUUGUUCUCGAUAAGAGAAAGCAAUGGAGGAAGACUUAAUAUUACAACAACCAACGGAUAGGCGUUUGGGCAAUACUAAUGCAUUACCCCCCGGGCCGCCUGGCGUAGAAAUAGAACCAAAUGAAUUUAGUUCUAAACAGCUAGAAUCUGAACCUUUAAUAAAAAAAAGUCGAAGACGUUCACCUUCAGGGAGUCCGCCGAAAAGAAAAUCAGUAUCUCGGAGUCGUCGUUCGCCUUCUCCACUAAGGAGACGUCGUUCACCCUCACCAAGACGUAACCGAUUUCGUGAUUAUUCACCAGAUCGUAGACGUAUCAGACGUUCGCCGGAUCGUAGACGUUCUCCAGAUCGACGACGAUCUCCUCCGCCACGUGAUCGGCGAGAUCGACGCGAUCGUUUUCGUGGUCGAGGACGUAGUAAUAGUCGUUCUAUAAGUCCAAUUAGAAGGGGUGGUAAUAGAUGGUCGCCAAUGAAACAAAAUUCUCCGAUGUUGGUACAACAACCACCUCCACCAAUUAUAGCUCAGCCACCACCAAGUGCACAGCAGCCAUAUGGUGUUAUGCCGCCACAAAUGUAUAUGGGUAAUCCACCCCAAUACAAUCAAUAUCAAACCGGCUUUCCUACAAGACCAGAUCCCUAUGGUAUGCCGCCACCAACAGCACCUAAUUUUAAUGCUGCUUAUCCACCACCAAAUUCUUGGGGUAAUGAUGCAUAUGCUCCUCAGCAAUGGAUGCAACAAACUGUGCCUGUGCCAGAGCAACUUCAACAAAUGCAACAGGCACCAGUUACUACUGCAGCACCACCAGAACCGAUUAUGCUAGCAGCAAAUGCAACUGCUCAAGCUGUUAGCAUGAUACCUGAGGCGCCACCGGGCACUUUAGAGAACAAUACGGUUAAUCAUAAUGCGGCCGUUGUUAAAGAAGCUGAGAAUCAACGGGAUGAAUUGAAAUGGCAACGACUAAAUUAUUUGAAGAAAACCGCAGGCCUUAAGAAUGAAUUGAAAAAGUUGAAGGAGCAACGCAAAGAAUUAGUAAUAGGUGGAGCUCCACCAUCUCCGACAACAAAGGGUUUUAUUGACGAGAAUGAAAACCUUCAGAAUCAAAUUGGGAAAAAGUUAAGUACUAUUGAAAAUGUAAUUGAUAUGCUUAAUGGUUUGAUUGGUGAGGAAAACAUUGAAAAGGAUCAGGAGUUGGUGGAAGCCGACAUCGUAGAUGAAACAAAACAACAGUUGAACACAAAUUCAGAACAAGUCAAGAAAACAUCAAAUAAAUCGACAAGUUCCGAAAGCUCUUCAGGCUCGUCUAGUUCCAAUGAUUCUUCAUCAUCGUCGUCAUCAUCUGAAAAUGAGGAGGAUGAAAGUUCACCAGAACGUUUAAAAAAUAAAGCAAUGGAAUCAAUGAAAUCAAAAAUAAAAGAAACUAAAAAGGAUACUGACAACAAUAGAGAUAUUAGUACAAUCGAUGAAAAUCGUGUAAAUUACGUAUUUUACGAUCCUGAAAUGCAUUGGUGUCAAACAUGUGACGUGUUUCCAAAAACAGCUAAGGACUAUUUAAAUCAUUUACAUUCUCGAGAUCACAUGGAUCGUGAAAGCAUUGAAACUCCAUGGCACAGCAAUAUGCCUUAUGAUCAAUAUCCAACAUAUUCAAAUGUACCCAACAAGCGUACUCCAAUACGAGGUUUAUCAUUUUUUGUUCCAGCCACCGCUUGGUACUGUAAAUUAUGCCAAGUUUGGAUGGGCGACUUACACUGCGCCUCUACACAUCUUAAGUCUCCUUUGCAUUCAAAUAAGUAUACCCAAUAUUUAGAAAAGAAUCCAGACUAUGAAGCUAAUUGGCUAGCAGAUCGUCAACGUAUUUUGAAUGAAAAAAAAUCUGUAUCGGCAAAUGCAGUAACUACUAUUGGCCAAUCCAAUAAAAAAGCAAAGAAAGAAGAGAGCAAAAAACGAAAGAAAAAGAGGUAA